AUGAAGUUCCUCCUCCCCACCCUCCUCUUCAUCGCCUCCGCCGUGACGGCCCAACCCACCGUGGCCGCCGACGCCGACCCCGUCAACCGAGUCCUCGACUACAGUGACGGUAUCCCUCUCUGCUGCGAAAACCACGACUACAUCUCCGAGGCGGGCGAUGAUGUCGUCGCUCAAGUGACCAGUGCUUUCGAUGGUGAUGGUGGUGGUUCUUGGGAUUUGGGUGAGCUGGUUGCUGGUGAAUUAUCUCACGACGAAGAACAUGUGCAGGUCCGUCGUUUUGAAUACAACUGGAUUGAUGGCGCAGAAUUACUAGAAAAAUAUAGUCCAGGGGGUUAUCAUCCUAUCAUGAUCGAUGAUGUGCUUCGUGGGCGAUACCGCAUUGUUGACAAGCUGGGCUUUGGAGGGUAUUCAACUGUUUGGCUCGCCCUGGAUACUUGUCGGCACCGCUACGUUACCGUUAAAGUUAGCAUAGCAGAUACGCCUCUGCACGAAACCAAUAUUCUCCGAGCUCUCGCAACCCCAGGACAUGAGUCUAUCCCCACCCCAUUAGAUAGGUUUGAACUCAGGGGGCCUAAUGGAACACAUCGUUGCUAUACCAUGAUACCCGCGCAAUGCGAUCUUCGGGAAGCGUCUUUUAGUCGUCUUUUCCCGAUCGAAGUUGCGCGGGCGCUAUCGGGUAGCCUCACACUGGCUAUUGCGUAUAUUCAUUCACGGGGAAUGUUCAUGGAGGUGAGUGAUGAUAUCCAUCUGCGCAAUAUCCUAGUUAAACUACCAUCGGACUUUGAUCACCUUUCGGUUGACCAGCUAUACGAAGAGUAUGGCAAGCCUGAGACAGUCACCAUCACACAACGUGAUGGAAAGCAACUGCCACCAAAUAUCCCACCAAAGACAGUACUUCCACUUUAUCUUGGAAAGUAUGCCGAGGAGUUUUCACUGUCUGACACGCAGGUACUUCCGAGUAACUUUGGUGAGGCAUUUGCCCCUGACCUGGAGCCUCGUUGUGGUAAAGACUGCCACACACCUUUAGCAAUGCGACCUCCAGAAGCCCGAUUUGAACCAGAGGCGCCCCUCUCAUAUUCAGCAGACAUCUGGAGCUUGGCCACGGCAAUCUGGGAGAUUCUUGGCAUGCAGCCGAUUUUCAGCACUGAAUUUGCUUCUGCUGAUGAACUAAUAUCACAACAAAUUGAUGUGCUGGGUCCCUUGCCCUCAAGUUGGUGGAUGCAAUGGCCGGAGCGAAGCCAAUUUUUUGACAACGAGGGGCGCCCUAAAGAGGGCCGUUAUGUCUGGUCUGGAAUUGAACUCGCUUUCGACGAAUGCGUACAGGAGUAUCGACGGAAGAGCUCAUGUGAGUUUAACACAGAGGAAGUCACCGCCAUUAUUGAUUUGAUGCGUCGAAUGAUGGCAUUCUGGCCUGAAGAACUGCCAACAGUCUACGAGGUUUUGCAGUCAGAGUGGAUGGUCAAAUGGGCCUUGCCUGAAUUAGCACGGAGAUCGCAGAUGAAGUAG